ACCUCGAUCGGUUGAGUGAUGAAUAGACUGACGCCGAUGCCUUCAACGUUCUCUACAUCAUAGAUACAUGUUUCCAGAUCAACAUCAUCAUGUACAGGGCGCUGAAGGUGGGACAUUUACACCACUGAGAUCAGCAGACCACCGGAGGGCGGUAGUGUUAUGCGUCGAUCCUCGACUACGUUCCUGCCCGUGCAGUAACAGCGUGAUACGAAGGCUGUGACCACAAUGAGGAGGAGGAAGCUGUACGCUGUAUUUGGCUUGGUGGUCCUGUGUUCCUGGUACAAGCUUUAUGCUGAACACACCAUCCUCCUUCGUCACGAGGUCACACUGCCGGGGAGGAGGGGGCGUGUGGCUGCUGAUGUCAGACAACAACACCCCUGCUUCUCCGACAUCCGUGACAAGAGGAGGUUCCACUGUCAGGACCUAGUCCACGGCAGGGGAUUCCAUAUGUUCGCCAACCAGAGUCUCUCCAAUAACCGUCUCCACCCAGAGCAACACUGCAAUUUCCAAACAGCUUUAAAAGACUGUGAAUCACUGAAGGAGCACCACGGCUAUAUGGACAAGCCGGUGUCAGUGAAGGAGAAACAGAUACCUAUAGCUUACGCCAUAAAGGUGCAUAAGUUCCCGCGCCAGGUCGAGCAAAUACUACGGAACAUCUACCGACCUCACAACGUCUACUGUAUCCACGUCGACGGGUCGUCCAGGCGGAUGUUCCAAGUCAUUAAACAGCUGUCUGAAUGUUUUCAUAAUGUGAUCGUUAUUCAGAAAAUAGAUGUGGUGUAUUUCUCGAUUGGCCUGUUACAGACGGACCUUGUAUGUAUGGAGGAACUGUUGAAGUCGCACGUACACUGGGAAUAUUACAUCAAUCUAGCAGGCCAGGAGUUCCCCCUUAAAACAAAUUUGGAAAUAGUAGAAAUUGUACAAGCUUUGAAUGGAACUAACGAUAUCGAGGCAUAUCCCUUUCCCGACUUCAUCAAAUCCCGGUACUUGACUCACAAAUACAUAGAAAAUGGCGUCCUAAAAAAGACACACAUUCCCAAAGAGCCCUUUAAACAUAACAUAACGUUUUACAAAGGCAGCAUGUACGGUCUGUUCUCCAGAAAGUUUGUUCAGUUUGUUAUGACAAGCGAAAUUGCUAGAGACUUUGUUCUGUGGCUCAACGAUACCUUUGCCCCAGAGGAGAUGAUAUGGGGGACGUUGAACGCUCUACCUAACGCACCCGGGGGCUACAGCGUGGUGGUGGACCACAAGAAAGGCAGCUUCCUAUCGAGGGCGAUGGUAUGGAAGGAUGACGCUGACACCUGUGCGGGGGAGUACGUCCACGGCGUGUGCGUGUUCAGCUUCAAAGAUCUACCCUGGUUGACCCGCAGACCGGAAGUGGUGGCUAACAAGUUUGACCUUCAGAAGGACCAAUUGGUCAUCGACUGUCUUGAAAAGCAGCUGCAGGACCGGGCCUACACGGGAAACGCCUCCAGCCUCGACUGGACCUUCUACAACUCAGCUCCACAUAUGCAUAUUCGCAGAAAUUAGGCAAGUGUUUCAUUAUUCAUUUCCCAGUAAAGCAUUGAGAAAUCUUUAUGGUAGACAGCACAUUGUACAGAAAGACGAAUUACAAUCAAAAUGAUGUAUGAUUCUUUUCUUACCUUGUUUGACAGCAUUUCGCCUGAUAUGACAACUGCUGAAGAGUGAUUCAUGAACGUAGGAUGAAUAUGUAGUUGUACAAUAUUAAAUGGUUUCGUAUGAUUGUGGAAA